CCCUCCCCCUGUCAAACGCAGCAGAAACAGGGAAGCAGAAUGUAAGCCUGUGAAUGCUGUGUGUUUGGAGGAGAAUAGGGGGACUUGCGGUGUUAAAGAAAUGAUCACAAUGGAGUGACGGUUUUUGAGAGGAAAGAGGGAAUAGAAGAGCUUUCUGGUUAUAUUCUGAACAAGAUUGCGAGAUCUGCAUUUCCUGAUUGACCUCAUUCCAGCCUCCAUUAUGUCGCUGCUGACUCACGUGCUGGCGUGCCUGUUCGGCAUGGGCUCCUGGGUGGCCAUCAACGGGAUGUGGGUGGAGCUGCCUCUGGUCGUAACAGAGAUCCCAGAGGGAUGGUAUCUGCCAUCGUACCUGACAGUCCUCAUCCAGAUGGCCAACAUAGGUCCCCUCUUCAUCACUCUGAUGCACCGCUUCCGCCCAGGGGUGCUAGAUGAGCGUCCAGUCAUCUACUGCAUUGUAGGGUUGGGGAUCGUUGCUACAUUCCUGCUGGCUUUCUUUUGGAGGCAGACAAUGACAAUAGGGGGCUCUUUGCACAGUGUGCCCCUGCUGGUGUUAACCUUCUUGCUCUCUGUGGUGGACUGCACCUCCUCUGUUACAUUUCUGCCUUUCAUGAUGCGACUGCGUCCACAGUACCUCACCACGUACUUCGUAGGUGAAGGCCUCAGUGGGCUGGUGCCUGCUUUGGUGGCUCUCACUCAAGGUGUUGGGUUAGUCCACUGUCAGAAUGCCACUUUGGCUGUGGUAGCCAAUCAAACGGCUGAUAAUGCUACUAUGGUUGGCAGUGGAGAGCUGCAGGCCAUCUACCAGCCAGCUCGAUUCUCAGCCCAGGUGUUCUUCGUGUUCCUCAGUGUCAUGAUGGUUGUCUCCCUGGUAGCCUUCAUCCUACUCAACCAUCACCCAUCUGUGGCUCGAGAGAGAAAGAAUGACUUGUACUUCAGUGGGGAUCUGGCUCCUGGCAAGAGAGAGCAAGGGUUGUCUCUGCACGCCCAGACACCAGAGCAGAAGCCUAUGAUCAGCCACCUGGAAUCCAAAAGGGAAGCCAAGAGCUCUUUUGGGAAGGGGACGUAUAGCAAUCUGGAGGUGGUGUUCAUCUUUGUUGUACUAGCGUGGGUCAAUGCUCUGACCAAUGCAAUCCUUCCCUCAGUCCAGUCCUACUCCUGUCUGCCUUACGGGAACAAAGCCUACCAUCUAGCUGCCACAAUGGCAGCUGUUGCCAAUCCAGUGGCCUGCUUCAUUGCCAUGUUUUUGCCGAUUAGAUCUCUCUUCUUCAUGGGUUUCUUGACCAUGUUUGGGACAGGAUUCGGAGCCUACAAUAUGGCCAUGGCUGCUCUUAGCCCUUGCCCCUUGCUGGUCCACAGUGCCUCUGGAACUGCAGUUAUAGUGUUGGCCUGGAUCCUCUUUGUCCUGUCGCUCUCCUACGUGAAGGUCACCAUCGGGGUGAUUCUCAGGGACGAGGGCCACAGCGCCCUCGUGUGGUGUGGAGCAGUGGUGCAGCUGGGCUCCAUGCUUGGUGCUGUAUCCAUGUUCCCAUUGGUCAGUGUCUAUGGCCUCUUUAGGUCAGGUGAUGCUUGCAACACCAAGUGUCCAAUGUAGUGAACAAAUAUGUUUAAGUUAAACACUAAAGAAUAAUUUGCACUUAUUGUAGAUGCACUGAGCAGUAGCACUCCCUGAUGCCAUUUAACUAAUUUGCUCUUAUUAGAGUCGCUAUAUGGUAGAUUUAUUUUUCAAAGAAAAUAUUUAUUGAUUUAUGGAGUAAGCUGGCCUUAAAAUGUGCCUUAACUUGACACUCUAAAAUAUGUGUACUUGUUUUUGGUGUACAUGCUUUGUACUGUAUUUGUUACUUGUAUGGAGAACCUGUUCAACAAUACCAAAUAAAACACUGCUGCAUUAUUUUGCAUAUCAUUAUAAAUAUUCACUUUAUCUUCAGUUGGCUGGAGAAGAAGACUUUAUGCUCAUGAGUUGAGGGGUUGACGUAUGUAUGAUGUUAAUUGUAUUUGGUUAAAGUGACAUUACUAAGAAAGAUGUUGAAAAGGGGCAAAUGUGUAUACAAGAUAAGAGGGGAUUGUAAGACGAAACAAUAGCAAAUAAUAAAGACAGAUAGAAUGAA